AUGCCAAAAACAAAAAUAGUAGAAAGUGAACCGAUUUCAGAAAAUGAAGAUCUAUGCAGUAAAUAUUGGUGUGAUAAUGGAGAUAGAUGGGAUUUCUUUACCAUGAUAACAGGUUUAUUAUUGUUAAUAAUGGGAUUAUGUUGUUCGACCAUUGAAGUUGGUUAUAUAAUUUAUACAUAUCGUAUACAAUGUUACUGUGUUGGUUUAUGGUGUUCUGCAGGUUUUCUAUUAAUUGGUACUCUUGCUAUGGGAUUAUAUCAUUAUGAAUCAGUUCCAUCAGCAUCAUUAAUGUUAUUUUGUGUAAUGUGUGACUUAAUAUUUGGCAUAGUUAUGCCACUGAUUGCAAUUGCUUUUACAAUUAAGUGUGGCAAAUUAAAUGUUUUUUAUUAUCCAAUCACAAUGAUUUGCAUACUAGUUGGAUUAAUAAGUAUUGUACAUAUAUUUUUUGUAACAAGAGAACUGUUAAAAUUACGACGACAAUUCUAUCGUGAAGGAUAA